AUGGAUGGCGAGGAGCAGCAAAUAGAUGGUGAAGUUAAUAACCAUGAGAACAUGUUGAAAGAAAAAAAGAAAUCAUGGGGAAAACUAUUCCGACCGGAUUCUUUCAGCAUAGAGGCCGGAAAAACUCCAACGAACAUCGGUCUUCCUUCAUUGAUGAGUUGGAGAACGACGAUGAGUUUGGCAUUUCAGAGCUUAGGAGUGGUGUAUGGAGACAUUGGGACAUCACCGUUAUAUGUGUACGCAAGUACUUUCACUGAAGGCAUCAAAGAAAAAGAUGAUGUCAUCGGGGUUCUCUCCAUCAUCAUCUACACUCUUACUCUCGUUGCACUUGUCAAAUACGUUUUCAUUGUUCUUCAGGCUAACGACAAUGGCGAAGGAGGAACAUUUGCAUUGUACUCAUUAAUAUGCCGGUAUGCGAAAACGGGACUAAUUCCAAACCAAGAACCAGAAGAUAGAGAGCUCUCAAACUAUAAACUUGAACUUCCAAAUACACAGCACAGAAGAGCCCACUGGAUCAAAGAGAAGCUUGAGAAUUUUAAAUUCGCAAAGAUCAUACUCUUUCUCGUCACUAUCAUGGGUACUGCCAUGGUAAUUGGUGAUGGUAUCCUUACUCCUUCCAUCUCAGUACUUUCAGCAGUAGGUGGAAUCAAAUCACUCGGACAAAACACGGUGGUGGGUGUUUCGGUCGCAAUCUUGAUUCUUCUAUUCGCAUUUCAGCGUUUUGGGACCGAUAAAGUCGGAUUCUCAUUCGCUCCGAUCAUCCUCACAUGGUUCUUAUUUCUGGUCGGAAUUGGCCUAUUUAAUCUGAUCAAAUAUGACAUCACUGUCUUAAAGGCACUUAAUCCACUCUAUAUCAUUUACUAUAUGAGAAGAACUGGUAAAAAGGGCUGGAUUUCACUUGGAGGUGCUUUCCUCUGCAUAACCGGGACGGAGGCUAUGUUUGCUGAUCUUGGCCAUUUCAGUGUCCGAGCCGUUCAGAUUAGUUUCUCAUUUAUCGCAUAUCCGGCGCUCAUGACGAUAUAUUGCGGCCAGGCUGCGUACCUCACUAAACAUAUGUCCAACGUUUCAAAUACUUUCUACGACUCAAUCCCGGAUCCGUUUUACUGGCCAACAUUUGUGGUGGCGGUUGCAGCAUCGAUCAUCGCAAGCCAAGCUAUGAUAUCAGGCACUUUCUCGAUUAUCUCGCAGUCUCUACGUAUGGGUUGUUUCCCUCGAGUAAAGGUGGUUCACACCUCGAGUAAGUACGAGGGACAAGUCUACAUCCCUGAGAUCAACUACUUGCUCAUGCUUGCAUGCGUCGCAGUAACCCUUGCCUUUAGAACCACCGAGAAGAUAGGCCACGCUUAUGGGAUCGCUGUCGUAACCGUCAUGGUCAUCACAACCUUUAUGGUGACUCUCAUAAUGCUUGUUAUUUGGAAGACCAACAUAGUGUGGAUUGCUAUGUUCUUGAUCGUGUUUGGCUCCAUAGAGAUGCUAUACCUAUCGUCGGUCAUGUACAAGUUCACCAACGGUGGGUAUUUACCGCUUGCGAUAACAAUUGUUUUAAUGUCGAUGAUGGCGAUUUGGCAAUACGUUCACGUCCUCAAGUACCAGUACGAAUUGAAGGAGAAGAUUUCUGGUGAAACCGCUAUACAAAUGGCUACAACCCCUAACGUAAACCGGGUUCCGGGGAUUGGUAUGUUCUACACGGAGCUUGUUCACGGUAUAACUCCAUUGUUCUCUCACUACAUCUCAAAUCUUUCGUCGGUCCACUCUGUUUUCGUCUUGAUAUCGAUCAAGUCACUUCCCGUGAGUCGGGUGACGCCAACAGAACGAUUCUUUUUCCGUUACGUGGAGCCAAAGGAUUUCGGAAUGUUUCGUUGUGUUGUGAGGUAUGGUUACAAGGAAGACAUCGAAGAACCUGAGGAGUUCGAGCGUCAGUUCGUUCAUUACUUAAAGGAAUUCAUCCAUCACGAGUACUUCAUAUCGGGAGGAGGAGAAGUGGACGAGACAGACAAGGAAGAGGAACCAAAUAUUGAGACUACACUUGUUCCUUUGUCUAACUCCGUCCCUUCGUCGGGGCGAAUCGGGUCCACGCAUUCUUCAUCGUCGAACAAGAUUAGGUCGGGAAGGGUCGUGCAGGUGAAAUCCGUGGAUGAUCAAACGGAGAUGGUGGAGAAAGCGAGAGAGAAAGGAAUAGUUUAUCUAAUGGGAGAAACGGAGAUUAUGGCAGAGAAAGAUUCUUCUUUGUUCAAGAAGUUUAUAGUGAACCAUGCUUACAAUUUCUUGAAGAAGAAUUGUCGGGAAGGAGAUAAAGCACUUGCGAUUCCAAGGUCGAAGCUUCUUAAGGUUGGCAUGACUUAUGAGUUAUAA